AUGGUUUCUUCCUCUACUUCCUCCUCCAUCGUUCCUUUGCUCCUCCUCUUCCUCUUUGUCGCCGUGGAGUUGCGAGCUUCACCUCAUCGAGAUGAUGCGCAGGUGUUUCAUUCCCUCUUUGGUUCUCACCUGUCGUCUGUCAUCCUGGCCCCUCCCACCUCUGACUACAUCACAGAGGGCUCAGGUACACGCUCCUCCCCUCACAUGUCUCCUUUCAAAGGAUUGGUGAUAAAACCAGGUCCUGUGAGGGGAUUGGCUAACCAAAAGGAGGCAGUCCCACGCUUCUUUCUGGACUUCCUGCGGCGACAGGCGAAGGUUACGAGGCGGAGCCGAAAGUCGAUGGUGGGAGGAAGAGGAUGUUUUGGGAUGAAAAUGGAUCGCAUCGGCUCCCUCAGUGGACUCGGCUGCUAGUUACCAUGGUAACCCCUGAAUGUGACUCCUGUUACCAUAGUAACCAGAUGUGAUGAAGAUUUGACUCCACCUGCAUCAGGUUCUGACAUUUUUUAAAACGACGUGUCACCUGUGUGACUCCACCAUGCUGACCCUGCAUGACCUUUGACCUCCAGGAAUGCUGUUCAGAGACUUCAUGUUGCAAUUUCACUAAUGACCUCUGACCCCUGGCGACCAUGACGCCAGCAGUGCACUUUGAGUGUGCACGCGUGUG